AAAGCCAAACCAAAACAAAUAUAGCAGCAGCCCAGGAUAAGAUUCUAAAACCUUAGACGAUUGUGCAGCUCGCAGGCUGCGGCAAUGGCGGCGACACUGCAGUUCGUCAGCCUGCUCGGCACCACCUCCGCCCAUCCAGCUCCUUCCUCCUGCAGCAGCAGCAGCAGCAGCAGCGAGAAGCACCACCGCUCAGUCCAUCUGCCCCAGCAGCGGCAGCCGUCGAGACGGAGGAGGCUCCGUGCCGUCCGCGCCGUCGAGACGGACGCCCCCGCCGCCGCAGCAGAUUCUGAGGCGACGGUGGAGCCGCCGUCCGUCGACUUUGCGUUCGUCAGCCCCCGGCUGCUGCCGGACGGGACGCCGGACGUGCACUACCGGACGGCGUGCGGCGGGCAGAAGCUCAGGGACAUCAUGCUCGACGGCUACAUCGACCUCUACGGGCCUUACGAUAAGCUGCUGCUCAACUGCUCGGGGGGCGGCGAGUGCGGCACCUGCAUCGUGGAGUGCAACACGGAAACCUCUGAAAAUAUUUCGUCCCGCCUGACGUUCUUUCAGGUGGUGGAAGGCGGCGAAAUGCUGUCUCCGAAAAACGAAGUGGAAAAGGAAAAGCUUAAAAGGAAACCCAAGUCAUGGAGGCUGGCGUGCCAGGCCACGGUUGGCAACCCAGAUUCAACAGGACAGAUGGUCAUACAGCAGCUACCAGAGUGGAAGGUGCACAAGUGGGACAAGUGACCGUCGUAUAACAUUAUGAUGAUUAUGCGGUGGGCCUCAUGACCCCGGAAGAAUUAAGCAGGAGCUACAUGCACAUGCACUUGGUCAGAAGGAGAAGAACCAGACGCUGUCUGUUGGUGAAGCCUCAACGAGGACUCUAUGUAAAGGACACGGAGAUAUAUAUGUGAAAGGCGUCCCGUAGAACUAGAAGCAAAGGCGCAGUUCGUUGCGCUCGAACUCAAAUGUAAAAUAAUCCAACAUGCUCCAAUGCACAGAUUAUGAAAUAACCGGUUAAUUUUCCUCA